CCAUAGAAUUAGACGGUGGCUGAACGGGGACAAUUGCUGCCGCUUCCACCAUGCCGCCAACCGGCCGCGAGGUCCUGCAGGGCCGGGUCCAGGAAUUGAUCGACAACAACCCGGUGAUGGUUUUCAGCAAGAGCUACUGUCCCUUCUGCGUUCGGGUCAAAGAGCUUUUCACCUCGAUGGGGAAAGAGUACAACGCUCUUGAACUUGACCAGUGUGAUGACGGCAGCAGUAUUCAGGAAGUACUCCAUGAACUAACCGGACAGAAGACCGUUCCUAACGUGUUUGUUAAUAAGAAGCAUGUUGGCGGAUGCGAUAAAACACUCAAGGCUUACCAGGAUGGAUCCUUGGAGAAGCUGUUUGAGAACAAAAUCAGUUAUGAUUAUGAUCUUAUUGUCAUCGGUGGAGGCUCUGGUGGCCUUGCUUGCUCGAAGGAAGCAGCUUCUCUGGGGAAGAAGGUCAUGGUCCUCGAUUAUGUUGUGCCAACACCUAUGGGUACUUCAUGGGGGCUCGGUGGGACGUGCGUCAAUGUUGGCUGCAUUCCCAAGAAGCUGAUGCAUCAGGCCGCGAUACUGGGACAGUCCCUUAAAGACUCCAGGAAGUUUGGAUGGGAAUACGAUGAGCAAGUUCGGCACAACUGGGACACGAUGAGGGAACAGAUCCAGAACUACAUUGGCUCUUUGAAUUGGGGUUACAGAGUCUCGUUACGGGACAAAAACGUCCGAUAUGAAAAUGCCUAUGGGGAGUUUGUUGAGCCUCACAAAAUAAAGGCAACAAACAGGAAAGGAAAAGAGGCUUUCUACACAGCAGAGAAGUUUGUUGUGGCGACCGGAGAAAGGCCCAGGUAUCUGAAUAUACCUGGUGACAAAGAAUACUGCAUUACAAGUGAUGACCUCUUCUCAUUGCCCUACUGCCCUGGGAAGACUCUUGUCGUUGGCGCUUCGUAUGUGGCUCUGGAAUGUGCCGGCUUUCUUGCCGGCAUCGGCAUGGAUGUCACAGUGAUGGUGCGGUCCAUAUUUUUGCGUGGAUUUGACCAAGAGAUGGCUAACAGAGCUGCUGCUUACAUGGAAAUACAUGGCGUCAAAUUCAUCAAGAAAUUUGUUCCAACGUCGGUUGAGCAGUUAGAGGAAGGCACUCCGGGAAAGCUAAAGGUUGUAGCCAAAUCCACAGAGAGUGACCAAGUCAUCGAAGGAGAAUAUAAUACGGUUUUAAUCGCCGUUGGUAGAGAUGCAUGCACCAGAAACAUUGGCCUGGAGAAGAUCGGUGUUAAAAUCAAUGAAAGGAACUGGAAAGUGCCGGUGAAUGAUGAAGAGCAGACCAACUUGCCAAAUGUCUACGCUAUUGGAGACAUCCUGGAUGGAAAGCUGGAGUUGACGCCAGUGGCGAUCCAGGCUGGACGGCUCUUGGCCAGAAGACUGUACGGCGGCUCCACAGCGAAGUGCGACUACGUGAAUGUCCCAACUACAGUAUUCACUCCAAUGGAGUACGGCUGUUGUGGAUACUCCGAGGAGAAAGCCAUUGAAAUUUACGGGGAGGAGAACUUAGAGGUUUACCACACUUUGUUCUGGCCCCUGGAAUGGACGGUCCCAAGCCGUGACAACAAUACUUGUUUCGCAAAGAUAAUCUGCAAUAAACUAGAUAAUGAUCGUGUCAUUGGGUUCCACGUUUUGGGUCCAAAUGCCGGUGAAAUCACUCAAGGCUUUGGCGCUGCCAUGAAGUGUGGUCUGACUAAGGAAAAACUUGAUGAAACCAUUGGCAUUCACCCUACAUGUGCCGAGGUCUUUACCACCAUGGAUGUUACCAAAUCAUCUGGAGGAGACAUCACUCAAAAGGGUUGCUGAGGUUAAACCCUGCUGUUAACCGUUUUCCUGGAAAUGUGCCGCCUGUUGUAGACCAAUGUGGUUAAAAAAACAAAACAAAAAACCACUCAGGUAAAACGCCAUAUUGUUGGCUGCUAGAAAAUGUCAAACGCACUUCUGGCCAAGCAGCAGAAUGUUAAACUUGGUGGCGAAACGCGUUGGCCGAUGGCGGUGCUGCACUUUCCAGGACAAACAGUUUUCAGCAGGGUUUUCCUGAUCCUUCUGGACUUGGCCUCGGUUAAGCAUUUUAAGAAAGUGCUUGCUAAUGACGUCUUUGCUCGUAACCUCGAGAUGAGGGGAGUUCUGACCGAUCGCUUAGGCCAAUCCAGAUCCCUCCAUUCUGAAUAAAAUAGUAGUAUUCCAACUGUGUCUGAUGUGGAGCCCACGGAGUGCCGGGGGUUGCCGCUGAUACUGUCUGUUUAGCUGUUUGUUUGUUUUUUCUCUGGUCAUGCUCCUUCUGCAUUUGAGCAUGCGCCGGUCUUCUCUAUUUAUCCUUUUAUUAGCCUGCACGUGUCUGUUCGUGCAGGAGAAUCUUGUUAAUGUUUGUGUAUGGGAUGCCUUGGCUUUUAAGCAUUAUCGUUACUGAUAUUACGCUGCUUUACCCACAACAAAGGCGAGUCAUUUGUACCGAGGACAUCCAAAGUAUUUCACAACAAAGAAUGCAUUACCCGUACCUACCGAGAUUACUGUAACCGUAAAAAGUUAGGAGAAAAGCUGGGGAAAACCUCAAGGGGGAUCCCUGUACUGCGGAAUGAAAUAUUCUAUGAUCAGAGCUAUUGAGGGGAACACAGGUCAGGGAAUGUCUUCUGUAAUAUUUCUAUGCUUUUUUUUGACCAUGAGAAAUUUGAUUCAUCCAGCUCCUUCUGAAGUUUCCAUUAAAGGGACAAUAUACCCCAAAAUAAGUAUAGUUUUUAGAUUUAAAACAAACACAUUUUGCGUGUCCCGUCCAUGUGUGCAGAAAUGCGUAUGUAUGUUCGCAUUCGUUGGCAGGAGGGCAUGAACUGGUUGGCAGUAAAGGGUUAAUGGGUACUUUUUGGUAUACUAUGAAGUCAAAACUCCAUAUCUAUGUAUGUUCUGUCAUUCUGUGUUUGAAGCAGAUCAAUAAAAACCAUUAACUUAUGAA